AUGGGUUUGGGAAAGCAAAUAAGAGCUUCAUAUAUCGGUAUCAAAGAGUCUAUACCUCCGUAUUUAGACCCUACUCUUAGCAUCAAGGAGCUUAUGACUGGAGUUAGUUUUGCUUCGGCUGGCUCCGGAUUUGAUCCUCUUACACCAAAAGUGUCCAAUGUGAUCGGCAUACCAAAGCAACUGGAGAACUUUAAAGAGUAUAAAAAAAGACUGGAGUCCGCAAUUGGAACGAAAAAUACCGAAAAUCAUAUCAACAAGGCAUUGUUUAUCGUCAGUGCUGGCACGAAUGACUUCGUUAUCAAUUACUUUACUCUGCCAAUCCGACGAAAAAUCUACUCCCUCUCAGAUUACCAGCAAUUCAUCCUGCAAAAAGCCACGCAAUUCCUUCAGGAUUUGUUUGAGCAAGGAGCAAGAAGAAUCUUAUUUAGUUCACUACCUCCAAUGGGUUGCCUGCCAGUCGUCAUCACCAUGUUCUCGAAGCAUGCCAUCUCAGAACGUGGUUGUCUUGAUAAUUAUUCCUCCGUUGGACGGCAGUUCAAUCAGUUGCUACAAAAUGAGUUAAAUCUCAUGCAAUUUCGAUUAGCAAAUCAUGGUGUUAGGAUCUAUUUAACUGAUUCGUACGUAGCUCUGUCCGACAUGAUUCAAGGGCAAGGAAGGCCUGAAUUUGAUGAAGUAAGCCUUGGCUGCUGUGAAACCGGUUACUUGGAAACAGCACUCUUGUGCAAUCCAAAAUCAUUUCUGUGUCCUGAUGCAUCAAAGUACGUAUUUUGGGAUUCAAUACAUCCCACUGAGCAGGUAUACAACAAUGUUUUCAAGUCCCUUCGUCCAAUAAUUGAUGCUAUCAUCAGGGACUAAAAUUCAUUUAUUUUUCAUCAUAGAGAAUGUUGUGGAGGGGAAUUUCCUAUUUUUUUCUCGUUCCUUUACGGAAAUUGUAUACAAUCAGAAGUCAUCAUGUAUGACCAAUAAUAUUUAAUGGAGAAAAUAACUAUGCAUGUGAUAUG